ACCCGGCAGGCUGACGGCCUCGCUCUAUGCCCGCAGGUCGGUAGCCGGUGUCGCCGCCGCCGCCAUGGCGCUGAUCGAGGGCGUAGGCGAUGAGGUGACCGUGCUCUUCGCGUUGUUGCUGGUCGCCUUGGUGCUGGGGCUGGCCUGGGCCUCCACCCGCGCCCCCGAGCCCACCGCGACGCCCCGCGACGCCGCGACGCUGCCCGAGGAGGGCCCGAGUGCUGCCCCGACACCCGUCGAGCACAAAGCCCCGGCGGCGGCGGCGGCCGCCGGAGCGACCCCCGAUGGGGCGGGCGGGCUGGCGGCGGGGCUGCGGCCCCGAGCCGGUCCCGCACCCGCGCAGGGUCCCCUCGGUGAGGGGGACAGCGGCCCCGCCGAGCCCACCAUGGUGCUGCGGCUGAAGUUCCUCAACGACACGGAGCGCCUGGCCCGGGUACGCCCCGGCGACACCGUCGGAGCCCUGAAGAGGGCCUAUUUCCCAGGGCAGGAGCAGCAAGUGCGGCUGAUCUACCAGGGCCAGCUGCUGCGCGAUGACGCCCAGAGCCUGGCCGCCCUGCACCUCGCCCACAACAGCGUCCUGCACUGCCACAUCUCCCAGCACAGCCCGGCCCCCGCGCCCACCGGUCCCCACGCCUCCGCCGACCCCGUGCACGCCGCCCUCAACGUGGGCAGCCUCAUGCUGCCGCUCUUCGUCCUGAUGCUGGCCGUGCUCUGGUACUUCCAGCUGCAGUACCGCCACGUCUUCACCGCCACCGCCACCACCUUCCUGGCCGGCCUCACCCUCCUCUUCAGCUUCAUGGCCUUCACCAUGUACCGCAGAUAGCACGGCCCCGCGCCCCGAAAGGAGCUGCCGUGCCCGGAGUAGACUGGGUCCCGGGUGGAGUCUGCCUGCCGCACCUGAACCUGGGGGGGCCGCGCCGUGGACUGUGUCCCCCGGGGGCUGCAGGCCCCGGCGGGUCGGGGGGAGCUGGU